UUCGGUUAUCAUGUCGCUGAGGCAGCGCCUGGCUCGGCUGGCGAGCUGUCUGCAGGAUCCGCAGAAAGUGGCCCGUUUCCAGCAGCUGUGCGGGGUGGAAGCGCUGCCAAGCGGCUCCGCCGCAGCCGCCGCUGACCGGAGGGAGGAUGACGAAAAGGCGGAGGCACCAUUAACGGGAGACUCCCGGCGGCGAGGGCGACAGCCAGGGGCAUCCGGUGGCUCCCAGCCGCCCGGGAGCGACCUCAAUCAGUGCCCAGCCAAGCUGGGCGGCGGCGGCGGCGCCCCCAACGGCGUGCGGAACGGGUUGGCGGCAGAGCUGGGCCCGGCUCUGCCGCGGCGCGUGGGCACUCUGCGCCGCAACUCGCUGACGGGCGAGGAGGGCAAGCUGGCUCCAGUGAGCAACUGGCCGCUCUACUACCUUUUCAGCUUCGGCACGGAGCUGGGCAACGAACUCUUUUACGUGACUUUCUUCCCCUUCUGGAUCUGGAACCUGGACCCCCUGGUGGGCCGGAGACUCGUGAUCAUCUGGGUGCUGGUCAUGUACCUGGGCCAGUGCACCAAGGACAUCAUCCGUUGGCCUCGGCCUGCCUCGCCGCCGGUGGUCAAGUUGGAGGUCUUCUACAACUCUGAAUACAGCAUGCCCUCUACCCAUGCCAUGUCCGGCACCGCCAUCCCCAUUUCCAUGGUCCUUCUCACCUAUGGCCGCUGGCAGUAUCCUCUUAUAUAUGGACUGAUUCUUAUUCCCUGCUGGUGUUCUCUGGUUUCCCUAAGUAGAAUUUACAUGGGAAUGCACUCCAUUCUGGAUAUUAUUGCUGGAUUCCUGUAUACCAUUUUAAUCUUAGCUGUCUUCUAUCCAUUUGUGGACCUGAUUGACAACUUCAACCAAACUCACACAUACGCUCCAUUAGUAAUCAUUGGGCUUCAUUUAGCCUUGGGGAUUUUUUCUUUCACCCUUGACACCUGGAGUACAUCCAGAGGAGACACAGCUGAGAUUCUAGGAAGUGGUGCUGGCAUUGCAUGUGGAUCUCAUGUUUCUUAUAACAUGGGUCUAAUAUUAGAUCCUUCUCUAGAUUUACUGCCUUUAACUAGGCCCCCCAUGACUGUGACUCUGUUUGGAAAAGCCAUUUUGCGGAUCCUCAUAGGGAUGACAUUUAUAAUAAUAGUCAGACAUGUAAUGAAAAAGAUCACCAUUCCCUUAGCCUGUAAAGUCUUCAGUAUACCAUGUGAUGAUGUUCGAAAAGCAAGGCAGCACAUGGAAGUUGAACUUCCUUAUCGGUAUAUUACCUAUGGAAUGGUUGGCUUCUCUAUCACAUGUUUGGCUCCUUACAUAUUUUUCUUUAUCGGUAUCUCUUGAUUGAGAAAUACUGUUUAUGAUAAGAAAGAAGGCUGUCAGUUACUGAUAUCUGAAAUAUAUUCUAGGACAAAGCCAGAUCAGAGUUAGGCUUUUUCAGGAAUUUAGCUUAAAUGAUUAUUUAAGUAAAUUCAUAAGAAUUGUUGUGCAUUUUAUCAUUGCACAUCCAGAUAUUGUUUUAGCAGAGCUGAGCUAUGUCAAUACUGAAAAAAGUAAGUAUCCAUUUAGAAUGUUCAUGUAAUGUUUGGGGAGUUUUAGUGCUGUUAUGGACUCAAGAUAUAUAUAAUAUAUAUUAAGGUACAUAAUAUGCAUUAUAUAUCUAAUAUAUUUUAUAUAUAAAAUAUACUUAAGUUUUUUUAAAACUGGGGGGUCUAUUAUAAAAUCAGUAAUAAUAUGCAAACAGUUGUGCCUGUGUAUUUGGACUUAAUACAGGUAUAUUGUUAUUAACAGAUAUACUAAACAUUUAUUUACUGUGGGAGCCAUUUCCUAACUGAAUUCCAAAAUUACUAAACCAGAAUUCAUAUGCUACUACAUAUUAGUUUACUGUCUCUUUUUACACUGCCAUCACCUUUCAUGUUAUCCAUGAUGUUGAACAUGGGAGGCAUUUUUAAUGGACCAAAUUUUCAGAAAAGUUAAUUUUUGGAUUCCUUAAUUGUUUUCAGUUCUGUGUACUAUGUUGAAUGUAUUUUAUUUGCACCUGUUCUGGACAGUAGUUUAAUAAUUCAGGUACUGAAUUUUAUUGCUUGCUAAUUGUGCCUUUCUGUUGCUAAAUUGAGAAAUGCCAUGUAUACUGUGAUAAAAUACAAACUUAACCUACAUGUAAUCAGGCAAAUAUUUUUAAAAUAUAUUUCAAGCUAACAGGGAUAGAAGUAAACAAUCCUUAGCUAUUUA